AUGGCAACCUCAAUUUCUGAGGAAGACAAGAACACCCCCAUGUGGGCGGUGUCUCUUGCAUUCGAAUUUACCCCAGACGCUGUCGCCUGGUUGAUCGAUCAAAUCAAGCGUUCCCCAGCCGUGCACUCGACCUUCUUCAGCAAAGUCAGCAACCCCAACAAACCAAACAAACAGGUGGACAGCCUCGCCAUCAUUACGGUCGCCAAGCUGCUGGGCAAGGUGGCGAGUCAGGAUCAUGGUGUUCCAAACUUUUCCUCUGCCAUCAACGCUGAUGGUGCCAAAAAGAAAAUAUCUGCAUGGCUUGACAAGAACAACGACGUGCUGAAUGGUUGGUUCAUCAACUUGGUGCGCGAGAAGUUUGAGAAGCACCUCAAGGAAAAUGGCCUGACCAAGGACAUUGACGCGUGGAAGUCCACCAUUUUGAAUCAGGAAUUUGUGAACAUGAUUGUUGUGGAAAAGGCAAAGGCAAAAGGCGGAGUUCUCACAGCGCAGGUCUUGGCCGUCUUGAUCAAGGAGUACUUUGGGCAGACUGAGCUGAACACCUUUCGCAAGCUUGUGGCUUCCGCGACACCCGGUCCAGACGUCGGCAUCUUAGACGUGGUUGACGGCAAGCACGUGUGGAUUAAUCCACCCUCGACUUUCAUAGACAGCGCAGACAAGGCCCUGUCAAAAGAUGUGGAGAACGUUGGCAAGAAGAAAACAUCCCACAAAUACUGCGUUCCAGCCCCAACCCCAGUUCCUGUAACAUCCUGCAACGUCACGGAGAAGUGGGGUGCAAGUGCCGCGUCCUGGCUGGACAGCCACGCCUCAGGGCUCGACGGUAUCUACAAGAAAGGCACGUGCAAGGUCGCAUACAGUUACGAAGUGCUGAUUUCCAUCUUCAAGCAUGGGGCUGUGCAUCAAGUGCCAAUUGCUUCUGUUCAAGAGGACGACGUCAUCAUAUGCCAGGACGGCCAUCUUGGUGGUGCGCUUGAGAUUGUGUCAGAUGAGCAAAUCUGCAUCAGCUACACUGGUCCGCUCUACACAUUUGAAGCUGUGCCGCUCAGCAAACGCCACACACCUGACGAAGCAUCAGCCAUCAUUGAAGGCCCAUUGUUGUUGUUGUUGUUGUUGUUGUUGUUGUUGUUGUUGUUGUUGUUGUUGUUGUUGUUGUUGUUGUUGUUGUUUGCACACGGCAACCUGGUCGCUGUGUCUCCGGAUACAGCCAAUGCCGAGAACCACUUCGCCCAUUGCAUGCAACUCACGCCAGGCACCCAGCUACUCCGCGCCAAAGGCAUGGACAUACACGAGGACGGCACUGCGGUGAAAGUGGAGUACGAGGUGGUCGUCGUUGUCCGCGUGGAGCAAGUUCAACCCUCACCCACGCAGGACGAUGGCAACUCAGUUCCAAACCCCGAGCAGCAGCAGCAGGGCCUCGCCUCUGACACAUCCGUUAGGCCCGUGAUCAUGUAUGACCUUCACCUUCGCGAAGGGCAUCGCAGCUACCAUGCUGGUGGCUUCGUCUCCGGCCUCAACUACCCCGAGAUCACACGCGCUCGGUUUGACCACAUUGCAAACACAUCUACACAUUUGCCCGCAGUCCAUCGCCGAGAGAUUCUGCAGACAAUCAACAAGCUGGAGAAGCACGGAGGAGCACUGGGCAUGACUGGUGGCGAGCCGCACACGAGCGGCAUGGCUCGGUCCAAGCCGCACCACAACCCACGUCACCACGCCCGCACCCAUGUCGCCCAUUUCCGUCACAUGCACGCGAGCACAAGCGUCUUCCGGCUGCACGAUUGUGAUGCAUUUGUGUCCACAGCACCGACAUCCACUGCCCACGCACCGAUGCUGGGCGCGAGCAACAUGCACAUGGUACUGUCGGAGGGCAAUGUGUGCUUUGGGGGCCAAGCAGCCGAGGCUUGCCAUUUCACGGAUGACGGAACAGUGCUUGCAAAAAUGCCGGGAAAGAACCGCUAUCUGAUGGCACGGUUGCGGCCACAUGGUAUCUCCGGCCACGCCACAAUUGCAACCGUUGACCCCGAGUCGCAGCAGCUCUCCUCAGUGCACACGGUCCAACUCUCGGCGGAGAACGACUACUCCACCAACAUUAGACUGCCGUGUGAAGUUCAAGGAGCUGACUUCUCCCAGGUCCCAUUGCACCUGCACAUCGGGCUGCAAGACGGUGCGGCUUUCGGUUUCCUCUACUAUCCAGAGGCCGCGCUUGACUCUGGUGGAAACAACUUGCAGGACGACCUGAACGAGGUGCUGAGAAAGGCUGGGGAACUCAGCACUGUCGGCCUCAACCCCCAGGGUCAUUUGGUUUUCAGCAUGGAUGAAAGCGCUAGACUCACAGAAAUUGGCGUGCAAGAGGCUGAACUCACCAUUUCCAGUGACGCCAAGUCUGUUUCGGGCACCGCUACGCUUCACAGGCGCAACAGUACAGAGAAGCCCGAGCAAAUCGAGGUGUGUGGCCAUAUCAUUCACGCAGCCACUGACAGCGCCCUCGCCCUGAACACUCUGCGUCUGAAGCAGACUGCUUACCCGUCAACCUUAAGUGCACCGCCGAGAAUGCUUGCGGGGAAGCCACUCUGGGUGCGCCACGCUGUUCUGCUUGCAGCCGAUUUUCCCAUGUCAGUGCAAGAGCUUGCCGAUAUGGCACCACCUGACCCGCAUGCAGUGAACGAGUUGACGUUUGCCAAGCUGGAGAAGUUGAUGAAAAACUCCAUUUCCGAGAAGGACCGGCGUGACCUCUUGGGCGAGGCUCAUGCACCAUCACUCAGUCGAUAUGAGAAGGACGUGCUCGAAAAGAAGGGCAUGAAGGAGUUUCUUGGUGGCGAGUUCUUUGCCGCUUACCUUGGCCAAGGCACUGUCAACAACAAAGACUUCAAAGACGCCUACUCUAAGUUCACUCCAGGCCAAAAAGUGGCAGACGACAGGCUCAAGUGGUAUUGGCGCGGCAGCGGCAAGAGGAUGAAACCUGACAACAAAACCGUGGAGAACGCAGACGAUGUGACAUCAGACAGCAGAAAACACAUGGACAAAGUUCUGGGCAAGAGCCGCUACUUUGCCGAAGCGCAGAAGUCUCUUGCCGUCCUCGCCUUUGUUGAGCACCUGCCACAGUUCCACCGAUACAUGGACCUCAAGCCCAAGGAAAAGGAAGAGUGGGCAAAGAAGCUGUUCGAUCACGUCACGAAGCCCGCGUACCUGAACAGUCUCACGACCAUCACAGUGCUGGACCACGGCAAGCUGAACAAAAUCAGCAUGCUGCUCCUGUCCCUUGCACCUGACAAAGACUACGCCAAGACCCUGGCCGUGAACGUGCUGAGCCGGGUGCUGACGACCUUGUCCGACAACUUGGAUGACAUUGACAUUGAUCUUCUGCAGCGGCUGAAUCAGAACGUGCUUGAGCAGAUUGCCGACUUCUUGGUCAACGGCAAAGUCGGCAGUGAGCCUGGAAGCAUCCCACAAGAGCUCCUGGAAAAAUUCAAGGAGGAUCUUGAGCGCGUGGGGUCUGGUCAAGUGUCUGAACAGAUUAAGUGGCUCACCGCUGAAAGUGCCAGUGCUUCGAAAGUCUUCAGCAAAGUGAAGGGCCCGCUUUGGACGCGCAUUGAGGCGGUUGAGUCUGAGUUUGGCAGUGUUGUUGGGAAGCUCACGUAUUGGGUGGCCAAAACGGCUUGCAUCGGCCUUGCAGUUUAUUCCGUGGCAUCGCUCGCUUCUCAGUGGAAGCAGAUGAACGCCGAUGACAGGGCGAUUGCAAUCUUGCACACGGGUGUGUCUUCUUUCCGCUUGAUGAUGCUGUUCGAUGAUCAGAUCACACAGGCCCUGUCAAAGGGCGCCAACUUUUUCUCUCGCAAGCUGGCUCAGCAAAGCGUGGAUGCAUCGUUUGCGUCGGGAGCAGCAUUGGAGGAGAAAGCUGGACAGCUGGACAAAGCAGCACGGUACCUCAACCCUGAGCUUGCUGUGGACGUUCCGGAGACGUCCAACGCGGGCAUGGAGAUGGUGAGCAGAUCACUGGCCGAGGAGGCCGUGGGUAUCGAGGCUGAGGCCGAGAAGACGUCGGCGCUCACAGCACGGUGGUCCGAGAUGACAACGCUGAAGAAGUUCGUGCGUGUGGGUGGAUUGGUUCUUGGUGCUGCGACUGUCGUCUAUUUGGCCGUCGACCUCGCAGGCUCAUGGGGGAACAUGUCGAAGAGUGAACGCGCCCUGAAUCUGCUGAACGUUUCUGCGUUCGGCCUUGGGUUGGUGGUUGAUGGCGUUGCCUUCGCUGCGGAGCUCGGCGUGACGGCUGUGGAAGCAUUGGCCUCCUCAAUUGUGCCCGUAGCUGCGCCUGUGCUGCUGGCCGUGGGCUUAGUUGCCACUGUCAUUUUGGCGUUCAAGCACAAGAAGCACGCCCGCGUGGACACGCCUCCAGAAGUGUUUAUCAAGAGCAAGGUUGUGCCCCUGUUGAACAGCAUUUCCACGCCUUCGCGCAAAUGGCUGGAGGGCACCGCCAGAGCCAACAGUCGCAUGGCCUAA